AUGUUGGUCGCCGUUAUCUUCUUCACCCUUCUGGCCACUGCUAUGGCUGGAUACCUUGGAGGCUACGGUGGCUACGGUGGCUACGGCGGAUACGGCGGCUACGGAGGGUACGGUGGUUAUGGAGGCUAUGGUGGCUAUGGCGGCCACGGUGGCUACGGAGGCUAUGGCGGCUACGGCGGCUAUGGCGGCUACGGCUACCCGGUUGGGCGCGCCUUCGCCUACCACACGCACAUCAACCACGGUUACGGAGGAUACGGAGGCUACGGCCUGGGCGGCUACGGCUACGGAGGACACGGAUACUACGGUUGA